AUGUCCAACUCAAAGUCACUUCUCUUGUUCUGCUCCUUACUCUUCUCACUCACUUUGUCUGUUUACUCUGAUCUCCAAGUGAAGAAGCCACCUCCUCCACCGCUCCAACCGGUAACUCCCGUGGUCACACCUCCAUCCCCACAACCGGUUAAACAACCUUCACCGUCGAACAAACCGCCUUCACCGCCAACCACACCGCCUCCACCACCAGUUAUGCCUAAAGAUGCGGCUCGCACUGGAGACCAAAGGUGUGUAUUAGAGCAUGCACCACAUGUUGUCUUAGGUGCAAGUGUGUACCGCCCGGCACGUAUGGAAACAGGGAGAAAUGCGGCAAAUGUUACACAAACAUGA